AUGUUUGGUGGACAAGUGGAGGCAUUUCUGACUGUUUGUCGCACAGGAGAAUCUGGUGCUUGCAACACUGCGUUGAUUUUACGAGAGGAACUUGUAAUGUCCCCUAGUUGUCUUGAAUGCUCGAAUGAAAUGGAGAAGACUAAUCAGGGAAUAAUGAUGUAUGAAAAAGCGACAAUUGAUAAGCUUUCGGAAAUUCCCGUGCGCUAUUCGGACGCAUACUGA